AUGGCUACUCUUAACGUGUCCUUUGUGGUACAUCUUCUGUGUAUAUUUGUUCUUAACCCGGUUGUGUAUGCCAAAUGCAGUGACCGAAACAGGCAAAUAUAUUAUCUUUCUCGAACUCGCCAGACCCUCAAUGAUCUUGCCAUGGAGAGGAGACAAAUGGGCUGUAUCAAAGAGGCGGAAAGGAUAAUGGCCCAACGUCCAACGCUUUCAAUAGAGGAGGGGGAAAAGCAUUGGACACUGAAACUUGCGUUUCAACUAGCCAGCGAGCUCUUCCAACAAAACCUAACACUUGUGAAAUGGAAUACCUUCAAAAUCAGGGAGCUCCAAGACCUUCUUGCUCGACAAAAUAUGACCUAUUCAGAAUGUGUCAGAGACAUGAGUGUGCGUCUAAACCUUCCAAUUGAAAAUAUGGUUAAGAACUACUUCAAACAGCUGGACGACUUUCUUUUACAUGAGCGUUUCAGCUCCUGCUCAUGGGAGGUCGUGAGAGCUGAAAUGGGGAGCAUCCUAAGGGAUUUUUACAAGAAAUCAAAAAUGUCAAGAAAACACGCGUGAGAGUAGCAUUACUUGUAGUUCAAUUCUGCGUCAAAAAAAUAUUCUGUUUAAUUUAUUAAUUAUUCCACUGUAA